AUGGCUACUCCGCCUUCUUCCUCGGGGCCCCCUCCUAGCCAAGACUUCGAUCACACAUCAUCAUCGCCAUUGUCGUCGCCGUUGAGUCUCGAUCGCUCCACACUGCCAUCAGAAUCACACACAAGCAACAUGGCGACUUCUGCGCGCGAUGCAUCAGCUCUGGACACCACCAAAUCCUCUCAAAGAGGGUUCCCCUUCUUGUCGCUUCCGCCUGAGAUUCGCAACAUGAUCUACCAUUACCUUUUCGCUGCAGUGAGAGACGGAACUUGUUGGAGGAUCUAUGCAGACCGAUAUGGGACUCGGCUCAAAGGACUUCGAAGAACGUGUCGUCUCUGUCGAUCGGGCCAGACACACACAACCUGUUAUGCAGAGUAUGAAGCUGUAAAAGACAUGUUUUCUGCCUUUCAUAUCUCAGGCUACCCUACCCGUCCUGCUCUCCUACAGACGUGCAGCACAAUCUUGAACGAAGCUCUGCAUCCGUCACUGGCCUCCAUGCACAUCAGCAUUACAUGCUAUCAUAUGGCUGUGGAGCGUCGCUUCAGAGAAUUGAAACUAUUACUGACAUCAAUUCGUUAUCCCACUGAAGCUUGUUUGUCAGUCUUCACGUACAACUACUGCGGAGAUAUCUAUGGCAGUGAUGAUGACAUAAGAGACUUCAGUCAGCUCAUCAAUAGAGCAGGUCUCAGGGUUGGCCAUCUUAUACUGUGUGUGGUCCCGCAUCGAGGUUAUCAGAAUUUGGCCAGACAGCUCAUCGCGAUACUGGAUGAUCUCGAUCACAAGCCAGCUAAAGUUGAAUGGGUUACCGAUUCAUCACCCCAAUAUGAAAAUCAUAGGGUGGAGUUCAAUGGAGCUGCUGCAAGAUGGCUCGUGAAGCUGCACGAGGCCAAGGCUACUAGCACCAAUGCUCGCUUGCCUCUCCUUCGAGACUCCUUUCCUCGGCUCUUUGGCUGA